CUGAAGCCUCUAUUCGUUGCCAUGGUUUUGUUUAUUCGUUGCCAUGCAGGCUUGCGACGUAUCGUCGGUCGUUACCAUGGUCGUUGCCAUGGUCAUGGUUUUGUUUAUUCGUUGCCAUGAACAUCGUCAGUUGCCGCCAAGCACGCGAAGAAAGUGGUGGAAUCAAGAAAAGACAAAAUGACGACAUCAACGACUAAAGAAUUUACGGCGACGACAGAAGAAUUCACAAGCAAUGAAGAAAUGGAUGAAUUCAUCGCGGGAGACGAAACCAUCUACUUCACUGGAUAUAUUGAUAGUAUUGAAGGCUCUAAACUGGUUGGCAAAGGUGUUAAGAAAGUUUUAUACAAGUUCGUGGUGAACAACGGCAAAGGGAGGAAAAUGCGGGUAUUAAUGUGGGAAGAGGUAGCGAAAAAGUACGAAGCUUCAUUGCGUUGCAGAGAUAUAAUAAGAAUUUGGAACGGAAAAGCUUUAGCGGUGAAUCCGAAUUUCGCCAACGCAAGCGACGACGUUAUUGCCGUAGAACUGUCGGUGCAACGUAGUACACGAGUAGAUAUCAUGGGCCAAUUCAAAACGGAAGAACAGCAAUGUUACACAAGAGUUUUAUUAAGGAAUUCCACUGCCGACUCCAAUCAACUUAUUGUUGUCGAGGGUUUCAUUAAAGUUCCAUUUUUCACGUCAACCACUGGAAAUUCCAUCUACGGAAUGGGGGCGAUUACAGAUGGACAGUAUAAAUUGCGUGUUCAUAUUGCCCAAUACAGCGAUAUCGAAAGCCUCGGCAUAGGAGCGCACAUAGAAGUGAGAGGCGAAAUAAGAAAGGAUAAAUUCGGUUCACCGUAUCUGCAAGCGAAAGACAUGGGUCAAAUUAUCAUCGUUGAUUCGGAAAUAAUGAGCGAUGCUGAAUUACGAAAUGGUUUUCGAUCGAUACCACAAAAAAGAUCCCAUAAUGUACCGGAAGAGGAAGAUGGAAACCAGAAAAACGAAAAGAAAAUCAAGAGUCAUUGAUGGAGCUUAUCCUUUUGUCGUUAUCACGAACUGAAGAAGUGGAAUCAAGUGGCCAGC